ACGCAGUAUACGAGUUUUGUUAUUGCUUACAAUAUGCAUAUGAUUUUUUACAUUUGGUGUUUCCUUCUGAUUGUCGCGAAAUAUUAGCGGUUAACAAAUUCUUUAUUCCUAUUUAUAAUCGUAAAUAUACGAAUUCUGUGUUUUUGUCCGUAAAAAGGUACGCUUUUAUCAUGGCAAAAUUUUUGUUUUGAUUUUAAAGUGCAGCUUACAUUGUGAUUAAUGAAGAUGUGUGUGGCGUAAAUUGUAUAAAUUUGUUUGAUAUAAUCAAUUCGAAAUAAGUAGCACUGAUGAAGAUACUCAUCAUAUUAACUAUGUAAAAUGAUGAAAUUGCAAACUAAUACAAGGGUGGACGAAAUAUAAAAUCAUUGAAUAUUUAUAUGCGGACAUACUUAUGAUAAAAUGUCAAAACUUAUCGACACGAAUUAUGAGGACGGUUUGAUGUUAUCUGGAUACCAAAAAAAAUUGAAUACAAUGAAAAAAAAGUUUUUUGUAUUAUAUAGAGAUACUACCCAAGAGAGCGCUCGGUUGGAAUAUUUUGAUAGCAUGAGAAAGUUUAAGUCCGGCUUAGCUCCCAAACGUGUGGUAAAAUUAGAGAACUGCUUUAACAUUAAUCGGAGAUUAGAUACAAAGUAUGACUAUGUAAUAGCACUUGCAACGAAAGACGGUGGCUUCGGCAUGGUUUUAGAAACUGAAGCUGAAAUGUUAAAGUGGCUGCAAGCAUUGCUUUCGCUUCAACGUAGUAUUACGAAUAAAGAUGAUAUUUUACUUCCUAAAUUUGAUCAUGUUUGGCAAGUGGUAGUACAAAAGAAAAGCUUGGCAGAAGAAAGGAAAAUUAUAGGAAACUAUCAUGUAUGCUUGUCCCCAAAGUCUGUCACUUUUAUACGAAUUGGUUCAGAAAAGUCGUCAUCAGGAUAUAUUAGAGCCACGGAUAUACAUAUUCCCUUAAACACCAUAAGAAGAUGUGGUGAUUCACAUUGCCUUUUUUACAUGGAAGUUGGACGGCAAUGUAUUAUUGGACCUGGAGAACUUUGGAUGGAUACAGAAGAUCCUUUAGUAGCUCAGAGUAUGCAUAAAAUGAUAUCAAGUGCAAUGUCUGUGAGAAUAGAUGUUAUUGGAGAUAACAUUAGAAAGAGAUCAUCUUCCGUUACAGAAACAUCUAAGCCGAUGAGUUUUAUGGAUACAGGAAACCUUCGCGCGGAAAAUAAAAUUUGUAAUAUGAAUCAGACAGCAAAUUAUAAUCUUGGACGAGGUAGAUGUGACAGUUUUCCAACCAGAACUAGAGAGUCCAAUGAUGACGCGAAUCAAAGUUUUAAAUCAUCACAUAUACAUAAUGUUCCUUGUACAGCGACGCCUCGUAUUUUAGCACUUUCCCGGUACAGUACAAGUCCACCAAUAGUUUCUUCUUUUGGAAGUACAGAAAGGAAAGAAUCGGUGAAGCUCGAUGAUCAAGAAGAAACGGGAAACUAUUUGCCAUUUCGUUACAAGUCUGCAGAGAGAGCUAUUCCAGAAGAAAACUCAGAAGAUUUAAUAUAUUCUGACAGCAUACAUUUUCGAAAAGAUUUAUAUAUUCCUAUGGCUCCGGUGGUGAAACCAUUGGAUUCAAUCGGACACAAUAAGGCUCAACAAGAGAGACAAUUUACCGUAGGCGAUGCUGCUGUUUUGUCUUGCAACAAUUCUCAAAAUUCCAUCGUAACAACUGAUUUGGCUCCCCAAAUUCAUGCAAUUAUUAUUUCAUCAGCAAAGCCCAACGAUUUCGAAAAUGAAGAACGUCCUAAACGAUCGUAUUCAAUUGGAAGUAAGAUAGACAGGAACAAAAUGAAACGAUCGGGAAAUUCCAACGAGAUUUUACUUGACAAAAACGAUAUCCGAGUCCGGGCAUUUUCAGUUGGAUCUCGGGCAAAAAUUCCCAAAUGUGACUUACAGCGUGCUGUUUUAUUUCCGAGAUCCCGCUUUAAUCAGAGUUGUAUUAGCAACAAUAGUUUGAAUUUUGGUGCUGAAGAUACUGGGUAUAAAUUGGACUUAAACACGAAUUGUGAUAAAAAGUCAACGAGUGCUCCUAUAUUAGUCCAAAAUAGUCAAGUAUCUGUGGAUUGUAUGAGCGAUCUAAUGGAAAUAGAUUUUUCGAAAAGUUCUAGCCAUAAAACAAAUGGAAAAGCUGUACCUGUCAGUGGAAAGGGUUCUGAUAUAUCUUUAAACGAAGUAAAGAGUUAUCAGACAUCUAAACCCAUUGGCGAGUUGUUACAAACAUUUCCGCUUAAAAAAAUAAAUCCUGAAGAAAGUGGAUAUUUGGAAAUGAAGCCUUUGAACAACGAAUUAUGUUCCAUGAAUAAGCCUUUCCUAUCGCAUUCAAACGAUUGCUUUGCUGAUAUAACAGGAGCAAGUGACAUUACAUCUCUAUCAUGCGUAAAAAGGAAGGAAGCUCAAAUCUCCUCCCACGAUAACUAUCCAUUUGAGGAAAAACUCGCAAAUAAAAAAAAAAAUCAUUUGUGUAUGCCUACUAAAAAGCUGGAUAUUGUAUUCCGUGAAGAAAAUCGAAAUGAUCACUUGGAAGAAGUAAAACUUGAUAGCACUUCUACUUCUAAUUCUGAGGAUAUUACUUAUCUUUCGUGCAUAUAUUCCCAACUUUCAGUUCAACCGACUUCAAAAACUGUUAAUGAAACCGACUCUGAAAAGAGUAUUUCUAUGGUUGAUACGGAGAAAAAAUUUAAAACUACAAAACACAUAUUCCAUGAGGAAUAUAGUACGAAAUGUUCAGUGCUAGACAACGUACAUGGCAAACAUAACAGAUCUAAAGAAGCAGAAUCCUUUUCUAACAAAGAGCGAAUAUUGCCAAUAACAGAAAUAAAUGAGAGAUAUUCUGUUUCAUUAAACGUGCCUUCCUUGCCAUUAGCUCCAUUGUCCAACGCCAGCAAACUUUCAUCAGUCGCUCGAUUCAACGAUGCUCCAACAUUAUUGACCGUUAUAGAUAAUAGAGAAAGCGAAAAUGUUCUUCCGAACUGUAUAAAUAAAAAUAAAACACAGCAUAUUACCACGCCUACAUCUUCAACUGCUUGCUCCAGUUAUGAAUUAUAUUACGCAAAGCUAGAUUUGCCGCAAUGCAGUACCAAAGAUAAUGCGAAAUUCCAAAAAAUUGAAAAUGUUGCUUCUCCAACAAUAAAUACAGAAAAUGAUUCAUAUGCUAAAAUAGAUUUUGAUCAUUCUUCGGAUUCAUCAUCUUCUUCUAAAACUUUAAAUAAUUGAACCAACG